AUGUGCCGCGACAGCUCGGCGACGCGAGCAUCUCCAGGCGAGGAGAGGCAAGGAGAGCAAGGGCCAACUCACUUCCCUCCCCCACCGGCGCAUGCGCCGUCGCAGCGACCAUUCUAUAAAAAGACUGUGCGUCGAGCGCUUCCAGCUGAGCGAAACCUCUGCGAAAAGGAACUAGCACUCUGGCCCGAAGCGCCGCAGGCACUCGGCAGCCGAGGGCGCACCAUGGCGGCGCAGAGCUGGGUCGCCCGCUUCCUCCGCGCCCUGACGGCCGUCGCCCUGCGCAUGCGCCAACCCGCGCGCCGCGCUUUCGGCUCCGUGCCCGCGGCCGUCGCCAUUUGCGCCUUCGUGGUUGGGAUAUACGACUUUGUCAUUGGAUUCCAUUAUCUGGCAGGCAGUGACUAUUAUUACUUUUUCUUAGGAUUUCGGCAAAUGAGAUACAUUGCUGCCUACACUGCAUUUGCCUCUUCAUUGUCUGAUGUGGUUUUAGUAUUCGGCAUCUUUCAGAGAGAAGAACAGAAUCUUCAAUACGUAGUGUGCGCUGUGCUUGCACUGUUCACAUUUUGCGGCCUAAUGCCUUUCAUUAUCUUAAUCCUUUCAGCUUGUUUAAGACAAUGGAUUUCAGGGUUAUGGGAAAUACCUCGCCUGUUGCAUAUACCCCACUCCACUUUCUUCCUCUGUCUGUUGCUGGCCUGAUUUUGCAGGAAACAGAUAUCGACCGCCCUCAGCCGCCGGCCGAAGUCAAUCCACGCACGUCCGGAGAAGAGCCAUCACCUGCUUAAGGACGAAGAAAAGGGAAACGGCAAAGGUGUCAGCUCCAGCCCUCUGCUGAGUCCCAAAACCAAUACAUCAGGCCGUCAUGCAAAAGCGCUUCCUUUACGUCGGAAAUGCUUGCCUGUUAAUUAGGCUUUCAUGUGCCGCCGAGUUGAAUGAUAGAUAAAUACUGCCAUGAAAAUUUACACACUGACAUACACCACUGUUAGAAUUACAAGAGUUUCAUUAACAAGCUUAGACUAAUUCCCCAAACUUACCGAGACUUUGUUCCCCAUUAACAUAUAAUACCACAACCUGUAUCUAUAAUUACCAAAGUUAUUUUUAAAAGAUGAUGAAAUGUUGAUGAAAAUUUACUGCUUUCUCUAUUAGAAUAAUGCAAAGUGUUGGAUACCCUUAAUCAAAAAGACAAAUGUGUCGAGCUGAAAAUCUUCAACCGAUUUGCGUUAUCUAGUAUGCAUUAGUUAGUUUGAGGUUACCUCAUCAACUGCUCCACAGCAACUUUA